UUUCACUUUUGGCAAUAUUCCACGCUGCAGAAACAGAACAGAACUUCGAAGGUCUGGGUAAAUAAACACAGCACAUGGAUGAAAUAAAUGAAAUCACACAUACACAAAAAAGUGUGGCGGCCUCCAAAAAGUUCAAAAUGAGAAAACGAAAGACAGAAAGCAAUGCCUGGGAAAGUGACCUUAAAAAGAAACAUACAAUUAGAAAGGACUUUGAUUCCAAAACCAAAACUAGUGUAAACACUAUAUCAGCUAGGAUAAGUUCAGAGAAAUUUUAUUUAGACCAAACAAUAGACGACUUGAACUCUGUUUGUGUCAAAAUUGAGACUGAUGAAAGGUAUAAUAUGGCUUCUGAUUUUAAUUCCGUUUGUGCCAAACCAGAAAAAGUUCUAUGGGAAGAGAGCCAUCCAGAUUGCAACAAACAAGAGGGCUUCACCUCUAAAUGUGUGAAAUCAGAACAGAUGGAAUGUGAAGUUAUGCCUCAAGAUGUUACCAGCCAAGCUUGCUUUAAUUCUUUAUGUGUGAACAAAAUCACUACUUCCAAUUCAAAUGCACAAGAUGAGCUCCAUUCUGUAUGUUUGGCAACACAACAGUUUCUAAAUCCAACUACAGACCAGGGUUAUAAAACAACAUAUGACUUCAAUAAUGAAUGUGGUAUAGCUAAACAGUAUAUAAAGACAGAAACAGACAAUGGAAAUACAACAUCAAAUGAUCACAAUGCUUUAUGUGAUCAUACAUAUUCAAAAACACCUGAGAAUCGAGCUAAACUGGCCGACCUUAAUUCUGUUUAUCUUACAAGGGAAGAGAUUGACCUUUCAAAUGUUGACGAAUAUUGUGCUAAAUCAGCUGUGGGUGGAGGGACAAUACAAAUGGACCAAUACUCCAACUUAAAUGUUCCAAGACAUUCGAACUCGAAAAAAGAUGAAGAGAAUGCUGUGACAAGGACUGCACCCCCUUUCCUGGAACCAGCUAAGAUUAAAUUGGAGGAAAACGGUGACCGUGUGGAGAAAAGAAUAAAGAAAAAGAGGUCCCCAGAAAAAGACAAGACCGAGUACAGUCUUCAAGAGAGGAACCUAUCCAGCUGUAUGAACCUUGAACCUUGUGAUAAUGACCAUUUUCUCUACUGUGGAGAAUGCAACAAGGAGUUUGAAGGGGACUGCCCUGUCCAUGGACCAUAUAACUACAUACAGGACAAAGAGGUGCCAGAAGAAGACCCUCUUAAAGCUGAGCAUUCCUUGCCAGAUUGCCUUGAAAUCAAAACAUCCAAAAUAGCUGGAGCUGGUCUUGGUGUGUUUUCCAAGGAGGAACUGGAAUCCAGGAUCAUGUUUGGACCGUAUAGGGGAGAUAUCACUGACGACCAUAAAUCAGGGUAUUGCUGGCAGGGGAAGAUCUAUAAGGAUGGCAAAGGGAGUCACUUUGUGGAUGCCCAGAAUAAAGCCAACUCUAACUGGAUGAGAUAUGUGAACUGUGCUAUGACAGAGGCUGAUCGGAACCUUGUAGGAUUGCAGUACAAAGGAGACAUAUUUUACUGCACAUUGAAGCCAGUUUUACCAGGUGAGGAACUGCUGGUCUGGUACAGGGAUAAAUUAGCCAGAGAACCUAGCCUCAUCGGACCCAAAAGCCUGCUGAGCAGUUAUUCAAGUAAAGACACUGGUAACUUUAAGGAACUGAUGAGUAUACAUGCAGGAGAAAAACCGUACAAAUGUGAGGAGUGUGGCUAUGCUUGUGACAAUAGUGGUAACUUGAAGAUACACAAGAGAAUACAUUCAGGAGAGAGACCGUACAAAUGUGAGGAGUGUUGCUAUGCUUGUAACCAGAGUGGUACCUUGAAGUUACACAUGAGGAUACAUACAGGAGAAAGACCGUACAAGUGUGAGCAAUGUGGCUAUGCUUGUAACCAGAGUGGAAACUUGAAGAGACACAUGAGGAUACAUGAAGGAGGGAGAUCGUACAAGUGUGAGGAGUGUGGCUAUGCUUGUAUCCAGAGUUCUGACUUGAAGAAACACAUGAGAAAACAUUCAGAAGAGAGACGGUUCAAGUGUGAAGAAUGUGGCUAUGCUUGUAACCAUAGUAGUACCUUGAAGAUACACAUAAAGAUACAUACAGAAGAGAGAUCCUACAUAUGUGAGGUGUGUGGUAAAGCAUUUAAACAAAGUUGUACCUUGAAGACACACAUGAGGAUACAUGAAGGAGAGAGACCGUACAAAUGUGAGGAGUGUGGCUAUACAUGUAAGGAGAGUAGAACAUUGAAGAAACACAUGAGGAUACAUUCAGGUGAAAGACAGUACAUGUGUGAGGAGUGUGGCUAUGCUUGUAACCUGAGUUCUUACUUGAAGAUACACAAGAGAAUACAUUCAGGAGAGAGACCGUACAAAUGUGAGCAGUGUGGCUAUGCUUGUUACCAGAGUGGUACCUUGAAGUUACACAUGAGGAUACAUACAGGAGAAAGACCGUACAAGUGUGAGGAGUGUGGUUAUGCUUUUAACAGGAGUGAUAACUUGAAGACUCACAUGAGGAUACAUUCAGGAGAGAGACUGUACAAGUGUGAGGUGUGUGGUAAAGCAUUUAAAAUGAGUGAUGACUUGAAGACACACAUGAGGGUACAUUCAGGAGAGAGACUGUACAAAUGUGAGGCGUGUGACUAUGCUUGUCUGAAAGGUAGUAACUUGAAGAGACACAUGAGGAUACAUAUAAGAGAGAGCCCGUACAAAUGUGAGGUGUGUGGUAAACCAUUUAAAGUGAGUUAUGACUUGAAGAGACACAUGAGGAUACAUUUAGGAGAUAUACCGUACACGUGUGAGGUGUGUGGUAAACCAUUUAAAGUGAGUAAUGACUUGAAGAGACACAUGAGGAUACAUUUAGGAGAUAUACCGUACACGUGUGAGGUGUGUGGUAAAGCAUUUAAACUGAGUUAUGACUUGAAGAGACACAUGAGGAUACAUUCAGGAGAAAAACCGUACAAAUGUGAGGAGUGUGGCUAUGCUUGUGACAAUAGUGGUAACUUGAAGAGACACAUGAGGAUACAUACAGGAGAGAGACCCUACAUAUGUAAGGUGUGUGGUAAAGCAUUUAAAGGGAGUGAUUACUUGAAGAGACACAUGAGGAUACAUUCAGGAGAGAGACCGUUCAAGUGUGAGGAGUGUGGCUAUGCUUGUAACCAGAGUAGAACUUUGAAGGCACACAUGAGAAAACAUACAGGAGAAAAACCAUACAAAUGUGAGGAGUUUGGCAAUGCUUGUAAACAGAGUUGUGUCUUGAAGUAACACAUGAGGAUACAUACAGAAGAGAGACUGUACAAAUGUGAGGUGUGUGGUAAAGCAUUUAAACAUAGUUGCAACUUGAAGACACUAAUGAAGAUACAUUCAGGAGGGAGACCGUACAAAUGUGAGGAGUGUGGCUAUGCUUGUAACCAGAGUUGUGGCUUGAAGACACACAUGAGGAUACAUACAGUAGAGAAACUAUGCAAAUGUGAGGUAUGAGGUUAAGCAUUUAAACAUAGUUGUAACUUGAAGACACACAUGAGGAUACAUUCAGGAUAAAGACUGUACAUGUGUGAGGAGUGUGGUUAUGCAUGUAACCAGAGUUAUGACUUGAAAAACACAUGAGAAUACAUUCAAAAGAGAGACCAUACAAGUGUGAGGAGUGUGUCUAUGCUUGUAACCAAAGUAGUACCUUGAAGACACACAUGAGGAUACAUACGGGAGAAAGACCGUACACCUGUGAGGAGUGUGGUUAUGCUUGUAACAGGACUGAUUCCUUGAAGACACACGUGAGGAUACAUUCAGGAGAGAAACCAUACCAGUAUUAGGAGUGUGGUUAUGCAUGUAACAGGAGUGAUACCUUGAAGACACACAUGAGGAUACAUUCAGGAGAAGAGAGACCGUACAAGUGUGAGGAGUGUAGCUAUGCUUGUAACUAGAGUUCUGACUUUAAGAAACUCAUGAUGAUAUGUGAGGUGUGUGUCAAAGCAUUUAAACAGAGUGGUGCCUUGACAACACAUGAAGAUAUAUAUGUUAAGAGAGACCGUUCAAGUAGAAUGUGAAUGGCUUUUCAUUUAAACAUACUAGACACGUGAAAAAACACUUGAUGAUGCAUUCAAGAGAGGAACAAGUGUGAGUUGUUGUUAUGCAUGAAAGAAGAGUGGUCACUUGAAGACACACAUGAGGAUACAUUCACGAGAAAGGCUGUACAAGUGUGAGGAGUGUAUGUUUCAGCAUCUAACACGAGUGGUAACUUGUAUAAGCACAUGAGGAUACAUAAAUUAAUUGAAGAAAUAUCUUAAACAGGAAAAUAUCACAAAUCUGUGAUAAGAGUGUUAGAACUUCAUGUGAUUCAUUUAAACUUGUAUAGUAAGAUAACUAAACAAUCUUCUCUUAAACGAUAAGCCAUGAAGGUUUAACAUUUGAAAGUAAAAUUAUAUUGUGUUCCUCUACCAAGUUUGUUAAAACCAUGCCCAUAUAAUAGAAACUUGUCUUAUCCUGCAUCUUUUUUGUUUCCAUAUAUAACGUAUAUACUGAACACUUGAAAAAUCUUUUUCCCUGGAACUAUCAGGCCCAGAGUUUUGGUAUUUUGCAUCUAACAAAAAUUGAGCUUCUGUACUAAGUUUGUUCACAACUGUCACAUGGAUGUAACCUGUGUUCCAUAUAUGCAGUUAAAGUUUAAAACUGACAAAAAUCACUGCAACCGCUAUGCACAGGGGUUUGGUAGUUAGCAUGAUACAUGGCAUGGUUGUUUUCAACCAAGUUUGUUCAAAUGGUUCCCCUGAUUGAAAAUUGCCUCCAACGUGUUGUAACGUGUUUCCUGUACAGUAUUUAAGUGAAAACUUUCAAAAUCUUCUCUUAAACAGCAAGGCACGAAGUUUGGCAUGUGACCAUUAUAUCCUUUUGUUUUCCUCAACCUUUUUUGUCCCUCAGUUUAUACUGGGGGACAAAUUGUUUUUGCUCUGUCUGUUUGUUGGUUUGUUUGCGUCAAACUUUAAUAUUGGCCAUACCUUUUGCAAUAUUGAAGAUAGCAACUUGAUAUUUGGCAUGCAUGUAUAUCUCAUGGAGCUGCACAUUUUGAGUGGUGAAAGGUCAAGUUCAAAGGUCAAAUAUAUAAGUGGGGGACAUAGUGUUUCACAAACACAUCUUGUUUUUUUAUAAAUAUUUUGCCCAUUUGAUUGAAACCGACAUUGUGGUAAACUUGUUUAAAUUUUAUAUUUGCCAAGUUUGAAUGCGAUUGUGGUCUGUCAAGUAUUCUUAUAUAUGGUUACAGUGAACACUGUCGAAUUGUAUAAAUAUAACGGUAGACUCAAGUUAUGUGCAUUAACUGAUUAUAUUAAUGAGCUGGUUUACAUCACAUAGAAGGGCCAGUAUAUGUAUAUAUGCAGCAAAAACAUUAUUGGCAUGUGAAUUUACCCAAAAUUGAUAAUGAUAAUAAAGCGUAUUGUCAGCUUA